AAGUAGUGAUAUAUAUAACCAAACAAAAGUAUUCGUUUCUUUACCAUUGAUACAGAAAAACAAUAAAUAUCGAAUAUGAGUGUGAUUACAUAAAAAGUGUGACAACUAGGAAAAAUAUGUGACCUUUAAUUUGUUGUUACAAAAAAUCACUAGACAUAAAUGUCACUAUACACUCAGAAACUGGACAUGCAACACAGCAGUACGAACUGUACACACCUACUCCUUAAGAGUAGUAGGAUACUUUAAUUCGCUGCAAGUCGAGCUCGUGCAAGUGACUGCUUAGGAGUCUGUGAAGAGGAAACUUGACAUAUUCAUGAGAACUGAAGACAGUAUAUCACAGUAAUUUACUAAUAUUUUUCGUUUUUGUAAUCGGUAAAUACACCAAAGUUUCCAUCUGUGGGAACUGGUGAUCCACUGCUACUGGAUACGGAAUACUGCUCAGCGAAAUCUUCUUCUUCCAUUCCUUCAAGAACCAUUUUGGCCCGUAGUUUUGUUUGAUUGAUCCAAUUCUUACCUUGAGAGAAUUACUUUUUCAAUCAUAUGAAACUUAUUUAACUUGAUACUGUGUAAUUCAUCCGUAGACUUCACAACCUUUAGCGAUAGAUCUCCUUCGUUCAAACCAGUGAGAAUUCCUGCUUAUCAAAUGAUUGAGACAUCAACUAUUACACACAAAGUAGUUACAGAAUUUGGUUGUAUGCAGAAUGAUAGUAAAAUUGACCGGUACAUAAAUGACCAUUCUUUACGUUUAUCAGAUGCUCAAAAAUGGCUUUUAAAGAAAACAAAAGAUGAUCCUAAAGCAUAUUACUUAAUAUCAAGUCCUGAAAUGCAACUUUUAUCUAAUAUGUGCUAUGCAAUAAAUGCCAGAAAGACAAUUGACAUUGGAGUUUAUACUGGAUAUAGUACAUUGUCUAUUGCUGAAGUAUUACCUUCAGAUGGUUGUGUAUUAGGCUUAGAUAUAACAGAUGCUUAUUUAAAAGAUUAUUGUAUACCAGCUUGGAAAAUGGCAGGUGUUGAAUCGAAAGUUGACUUUCGACUUGGUAUGGCAACUCAAACAUUACAAAAUUUGAUUGAUAAUGGACAAAGUGAAACAUUUGAUUUUGCUCUUAUUGAUGCGGAUAAACAAAAUUACAGUAAUUAUUAUGAAUUAUGUCUUAAACUGAUUCGACCUCGUGGUAUAAUCGCAAUCGAUAAUGUUAUUUGGUCGGGGCUUGUGGUUGAUGAGACCGAUCAAACUUCCGAAACUGUUGGUAUAAGAGAGGUAAACGAUUUGUUAGCUAGAGAUAAUCGUGUACGAAUCUCUUUGUUAAAUCUUGGAGAUGGAUUGACAAUCGUUGUGAAAAAAUGAUCUUUGGGAUACAUAUUCUACAAACAUAGACAUAUAUUUGUACCUAAAUACAUGUAGAUACAUAUACAUGGAUAUCGAUCUAAGUUGGCAUUCAUUGUUUGAUAUAAUCAACAUAACGUAACUAUAUUUUCAUUUUUUUGAAAUGUCACUUCACUUUACUAUAUUAGUGAUAUUGUAAUAAAUCAUUAUAUUUAUUAA